UACCCAUCUGGGCUGCUGUAUGCCUUCUCCUUCGAAGCCGUCGCCGUGAUCUUAACCCUUGUGAGAGAGGAAAGAGGAGAGCGAGAGGCGAUCGAGAAAUCUCAAGCAGGAAGACAUGAAGAUCUUCGUCAAGACUCUCAAGGGUACUAACUUCGAGAUCGAUGUGAAGCCCGAGGAUACGGUUGCUGAAGUAAAAAAAUUUAUUGAGACAUCUCAAGGGAAAACUGUCUACCCAGCUGAGCAGCAAAUGCUUAUACAUCAAGGGAAAAUACUUAAAGACAAUACUACUUUGGAUGAGAAUAAAGUUUCUGAGAAUAGUUUUCUUGUGAUUAUGCUCAGCAAGACCAAGGCUUCUUCUAGUGGAGCAUCAUCCACUACAAAAGCCCCAGCUAAUCAGACACCUGCUGUUCCAACGCCAGUUGUAUCUCCAUCUCAAACACCUGAAACCACAUUGCCUAUCAGGGUACCUGCAAGCUCACCAGUUCCAACUGCCACAACUACGCCUGCACCAGCAGCAGCACCAGUUCCAACUGCAACAACUACGCCUGCACCAGCAGCAGCAUCAGUUCCAAUUGCCACAACUACGCCUGCACCAGCAGCAGCACCAGUUACCACUCAUCUCUCUCAAGGAUUCAUGGUUGCUUCAUAUCAAUGCAACAGUGAAGCAGAUGCGUAUGAUCAAGCUGCGUCUAAUCUUGUUGCUGGCAGUACUCUGGAGCAAACAAUCCAACAAAUUAUUGACAUGGGUGGAGGAACAUGGGACAGGGACACUGUUGUUCGUGCCUUGCGUGCUGCAUAUAACAAUCCUGAAAGGGCUGUUGAAUAUUUAUAUUCUGGCAUUCCUGAACAAAUUGAACCUGCACCUGCUGCUCGAUCACCUGAAAGUGGGCAAGCAACCAAUCCACCACCUGUCCAGGCUCCACAACCAGUUGAACCUCCAGUCCCUUCAGGCCUUCCUAAUGCUAAUCCCCUGGAUCUCUUUCCUCAGGGUCUCCCUAAUCUUGGUUCCAAUGUUGCUGGGGGCAACCUUGAUUUUUUACGUAAUAGCCCACAGUUUCGUGCCUUACAAGCUUUAGUGCAGGCCAACCCUCAAAUCCUACAGCCUAUGCUCCAAGAGCUAGGGAAACAAAACCCUCAGAUUAUGAGGCUCAUUCAGGAACAUCAAGGGGAAUUUCUUCAAUUGCUAAAUGAGCCUGCUGAGGGAACUGAAGCUAGUGGCAUUUUAGAUCAGUUGGCUGGUGGAAUGCCUCAAUCUUUAAGUGUGACUCCAGAGGAGCGUGAAGCCAUUGAACGGCUUGAAGCCAUGGGCUUCAACCGGGCACUCGUCCUGCAGGUCUUCUUUGCAUGCAACAAAAAUGAGGAACUCGCAGCUAACUACCUCUUAGAUCAUAUGCACGAGUUCGAUGACUGACGACAAAGCUCCAAUUUAGUCUGGAUGUCUUUCAAAUUGAUCGUCAUUUGCAGUGACAUGAAACUUAAGUGAACGAGAGCCCCGUAUGGUAUCCAUACUUGCUUUGAUGGUUGUGGAAUGCUCUAUAAACUAUUUGUUUCUCUGUAGUUUCUGGGGAGUAAUUGUCUAUAAGAAUUGUGUUACUUUGGUCAGGUUGGUAAGUUGUACUUCUGGGUAACAAUUACUUUUUCUUUUCAGUCGUGUGUGUUCAUCUCACCCUCACCGUUGAAGUUUGUGAUUGAUAUCCUCAAAAUCCAAUUCUUUCUCCUGCGCA